AUGGAGGAUAAAGAUGAUAGAGUUUGGAAGGGUGCUAGAGAUAUGGCUGGCAAAUUAGAAAAAUGGGAUAAGGUUGAGUUGAUACUAAAUGAUCUUGACGAAAAACUAUCUCAAAGGGUUGAGAGAAAUGCAAUUGAGGAGUUGAACGAGAACCAAGAGGAACUAAUGAGGAAACUUGAGGAAAUGUCUAUGUUGAGCCACGAGAUGGGACUAUAUAAUUUGGCCUCCUUGCAUGCUAUUCAAAAUAAAAUUUAUCACACGAAGUUGAAGGCUUCAUGUAAGGCCCAGCUGGAAGAGCUGGAGACGUGGCUGCUCAAAGAUGAUUCUGUUCGUGUUGUUGGAGUCUAUGGAAUGCCCGGCGUGGGAAAAACGUUCAUGCUCAAACACAUCAACAAUAACGAAAAGGUAGUCAAUUUCUUUGAGCUUGUAAUUUGGGUUACUCUGUCCAGAGACUCCGAUAUAUCUGAUCUUCAGAGGCGCAUUUGUGAGAGAAUUGAAUUGCCUUGGCGAUCCAAUUCGAGCAUUGACGAAGCCGAAGAGUUCUUGCAUUCGGUUUUCAAGGAGAAGCCACUGCUGCUCAUUUUGGACGAUGUGUGGAAAAGAAUAGAUGUUUCCAAAUUGGGAAUUUCUCCUUUUGGUAAUAAAAUAAAAAUUGUACUGGCUUCUAGAGAUAAAGAGGUGUGCAGGAGCAUGAAAGCAGACAAGAUGAUUGCAAUGAAGCAACUGUCGGAGGAAGAUGGAGCCUUCCCAGCCGGCGAGGAUCAGAAUAUGGAUAGCGAGAUUGAGCCCUUGGCCAGAAGCAUUGCAAGGGAAUGUAAAGGACAUCCCCUAGCCAUUAAGACGCUUGCUCGGACAGUGCCAGAUCUUCAGAACAGUACGCCGUCUGAAUGGGUAUAUGUUCUCAAGCAGCUAAAGGCGAUCGAUCCAGAGUUUUAUCGCAUUCAUCGAGAGAUUGUGGAGGAAUUAUUCAAGCGGCUGAAGCAGAGCUACGAUGCUCUGGAAUCGGAUGAGCUCAGGCUUUGUUUCCUGUACUUGGCCGCCUACAGAGAAGACGAGGAAAUCGACGCGGAUGAAUUGAUACAAUUGUGGCUGGCUGAGGGUCUGGUGAAAAGCAGAGAAGAGGGGCGCCACGGGUUUCUCGGGACCUUGGCGAACCGAUGUUUGGUUGACAUUGAGGUUAGAGAGGCAAACGGGCAUCAAAUAUGGAAAGUGAAAAUCCACGAUGUGCUCAGAGAUAUGGCGGUACACGUUCCUGAGGUCGAGCAGAAUAUUCUGUUCCGUGCAGGUCAGAGUUUAACAGAGUUUCCAAAGUCUGCAAUCGCAACAUCGGUAAGGAUAUCACUGAUGCAUAACCUCUAUCUGCAAUUCCAAAGUCUGUUGUUGAGCUGGAACACAGUUGAGGAGGUCCCAGAGAGCUUUCUGGAGAAGCUGAAUAUGUUGAAGCUGAGUAGACUGCAGUUUCUAGAUCUUUCUUUCUCCUCUCUGAAGAAUAUUCCGUCCAUGAUAAAAAAGCUGAAAAGUCUCCAAACUCUCAAUUUAGCCCACUGUUAUGAUUUGGAGUUCGUUUCAGGCGACAUAUCACACCUUACUAGUUUGGAAGAGCUUGACUUGUGGAAGUCGACAAUGUUUGGAAAUUCACGGGAUGUAAGAGGAGGAGGAGAAUCAAGGGAGGCCUCAUUGCAAGAGCUGAAGUCUUCUCAAAUACUGCUCACUCUUUCCGGAUUAGGGUUAGCAAGACUGUCCAAUUUGAAUGAAAUAGAUAUUGAGGAAUGCCUUCUGCUCACGGAGUUGGGAGAAUAUUUUGGGAGGAAAGGUUGCUUUCCGAGGCUGUGCAAGCUCGCACUGUGGAUGUUACCUUUUCUGGAGAGUGUGUGUAGUUUCGUCGAAGAAGGGGCUCUUCCCAUGUUGCAGACUUUGACUAUAUUCCAUUGUAUGAAAGUUAAAGUACUGCCACAGGAUCUAGAUAAUCUCAAUUCUCUGGAACAGAUCAAAGAAGAGAAAGAAUGGUGGAAUGAAAUUAGCUGGCGAAAUGAAGAGAUGAAGCAGCAUCUUCAUGAUAAGUACGUGGAAAUCGUGGAAAUCCAUGAUAAAUAUCAUGCUUAG